GGGUUUCCAAUGCUAGUUAUUCAUAUUAUGAAAGAUGUAAAUGCAAAGCUGCGCUGUGAUUUCUCUGCGUAGCGUGUCCAUAUUUUAAAAAAGGUUAAGUCAAUGUUCUAAACAAAAAUAUUCCAUAAUUCUUUUUAAACUAUUUUUUUGCAAGUGAUUGGAUAAUAGAAAAUGCUCUGUAGGGUCCGUACUUAUUUAAAAUGACCGAUUAAUUAGUUAAAAAUGACUUACAUUUCAAUGAUAACAGUAGGUGCAAUUAACGUGAGCUAAUAUAAUAGUAUCAGGCGAUAAAAACAAAUGAAAAUCUGAAUAUGCUGAUCAUAACUUGUAUGAUACGCCUGUCAUAUUGGUCGUGGCCAAACCGCGGGAGACUUGGCCACGAAGAAACUACUAACUAAGAUUUCAAUAUAAUAUUCAGUAUACCUUCGCUCAGCGUAGCUUAUUUAUAGCAGAUGCACAAAGCAUCUCUAUAAGACAUAAACUGAAAUAAGAGUUGAGUAGUCCAAGUAACAUGCAAACAUCAGGGCUCAAAAAUGCGACAAUAUACAGAAGACAGUCGUUGAAGAGAACUGGUUACGAGGAAGGUCAUAAAGAGCACACAGAGAUCACGGUCAAUACCAACGAAGAAUGCAACAGCUUGAAGCCAUGCGAGGAUCCUCAGAAGUCACUUCUGAGACAGGGCCAUUCGAUGAAGAAUAGUGUCUCGGUACUGAAACGCAUAGGGUCAACAGUUACUACAACUGUUGCUUCUUUGGCUUCGUUGACGCCGGAGACAAAACCAACGCGUAGGCGGCUGAAAUCCAGCACAGAGCUAGCGCUCAAUGGUCUCAAGUUCAUUACCAAGGCUGAUGGCGUCGCUGGUUGGCCUCGUGUUGAGAAAGAUUUCGAUAGGUUAACCGAGACGACCGGUGGUUCAUUGGACCGUUCCAAGUUCGGUGAAUGUAUAGGGAUCAAGUCAAAAGAGUUCGCAGAAGCACUGUUCGACGCCUUAGCAAAGAGGCAAAACAUAACUGGACAUGUAAUAAGCAAGGAUCAGCUGCAAAUAUUCUGGGAGAAGAUCAAUGCUCCGGACUUUGAUUCGAGGCUACGAAUUUUCUUUGACAUGGCCGAUACGGAUACUGAUGGGAGGUUGAGUAAAGACGAAGUAAGAGAGAUUAUAGCUCUAAGUGCCUCUGCCAACAAACUGGAUAAGAUUGAAAAACAAGCACGUGAAUAUGCUACUUUGAUUAUGGAAGAACUAGAUCCCUAUGAUCGUGGGUACAUCAUGAUAGAGGCUCUCGAGGUACUGCUGUUGCAAGGGAAUACUAAGGCAGUGAGCGAUUUGGUAAGUCAGCAGGUCGAAGUAUCACAGAGUAGGAAUCUCUGGAAGCGUUUGUACAAUGGGGUUAAGUAUUUUGUGUUGGAUAAUUGGAAGAGAUUGUGGGUGAUGGCUCUAUGGAUAGCUGUUAUGGCCGGGCUGUUCACGUGGAAGUUCAUGGAGUAUCGAAAUAGACCGGCUUACCAAGUUAUGGGAGCUUGUGUUUGUAUAGCUAAAGGAGCUGGAGAGACACUUAAACUGAACAUGGCCAUUAUUUUGUUACCAGUUUGUAGGAACACCAUCACUUUGCUCCGGACCAAAACCAAGUUAGGUGUUGUUGUUCCUUUCGAUGAUAACCUCAACUUCCACAAGGUCACAGCAAUAGCAAUAUCAAUCGGAGUUGGACUCCAUGCCACAUCUCACUUAGCUUGUGAUUUCCCUAGGCUGAUAGCUGCAGAUGAAGAAACGUAUAAGCCAGUGGAGCAGUAUUUUGGAGUACAGCCAAAGAGUUAUGUGCAGUUUUUGAAGUCAGUGGAAGUAGUUACCGGGACUGUCAUGGUUAUAUUAAUGACCAUAGCCUUCACAUUGGCUACAUCAUGGUUCAGAAGAAAUAAGUUGAAGUCUCUUCCUGAACCAUUGAAGAAAAUAACUGGCUUCAAUGCCUUCUGGUACACUCACCAUUUGUUUGUUAUCGUCUACACACUCCUAGUCGUUCACGGAUACUAUGUCUACCUCAUCAAAACAUGGUACAGGAAGACGACUUGGAUGUACUUGAUGAUACCGGUGGUUCUUUACCUGUCUGAAAGGCUGGUUCGUUCGCUCAGGUCAAGAAUCGAAUCUGUUAAGAUACUAAAGAUUGCUGUGUUACAAGGAGAAGUCUUAUUGCUUCAAAUGUCAAGACCAAACAACUUCAGAUACAAAAGCGGACAGUACAUGUACCUCAAAUGUUCUGAUGUGUCUUCAUUAGAAUGGCAUCCAUUCUCAAUUACAUCGGCUCCAGGAGAUGAUUACCUUAGUGUCCACAUCAGGGAUCAAGGAGACUGGACUAACAAGUUACGAUCAACAUUCUCUGAUGUGUGUUCCCCGGCCAUCCCUGGUAAAAUGAGCGAGCGUAGAGCCGACUUGUGGAACGGGGAUAACCUUUUGUAA